CCUGUGCUGUCCACCGCGCUCCUCCACUCUCUGUCUCUCGGUCAGUCAGUCAGUGAGUGUUUCUUUCCUCACAGCAGAACUCAAACCUGGGGAAAUGACCUACACCGCACUGUUGCUCGCGGGACUCGCCGCACUCACCUGCAAAACAUGGGCUGUGGUGGAUGUGAGAAUGGAAGACGUGGUGGAGGUAACUUUGAAAGGCCAGGCGAAGAUCAGCUGUAUGUACACUCUGACGGAAGAAGCCAAGAUGAUAAUCUGGUUUACGAAAUUACCAGGCAACGACCAAAACAGGAAAAAAUUUUACUACUCUGAGAAUCAAACCGAGAUUAUCAAUGAGGACCAUGAAUAUGCAGAGCGGAUCAAAGUAAGUCACUCUUAUGACACAGAGGAAGAGCGUGGUAGUGUUGUUCUGAUCCUCGACGAUGUUCAACUGGCUGAUGAGAGAGAGUUCAUCUGCAUGGUGCACAGUGUGUUGAACGAUGUUGGUGAAGGACGCACUCAUCUCAAAAUCUACAAUUCACCAUCUCUACCUGUGAUUGAAAGUGAACACACAGGGAUUUCUGUUAGUGAGACAGAACCAUCAAAGGUUGCACAAUGUAAUGUGGAUAAUGGCUAUCCCAGACCCAGCAUUACAUGGUACAAGGACAGCUUCCCUCUCGAUCCUUCAGAUAGUGAGGUCAAGAUCAUGGAGUCAGUGACGGUCAAACCCAGUGGCCUGUUCAAGGUAGAGAGUGAACUGUAUAUUAAAGUCAAGAAAGAAGAUGAAGGCGCUCUUUUCUACUGUGAAGUCAAGUACUUAAUGCUUGGUAAAGCAAGAAUGACAGAGUCCAGUCGAUUCAACGUCACAAUUUAUUACCCUACAACAAAUGUAACGCUCUCCAUAAAUUCACCUGAUAAGCUCAUAAAAGAAGGCGACACUGUGGAGUUACGAUGUGAGGGAAAUGGAAACCCUGAACCCAUUUUUAGUUUUAAACACAAUGAGGAGGAUUUAAAAAGCAAAGAGAAUGGAAUACUACAUCUGGAAGAUGUCAAGCGCUCAGACAGCGGCGAAUAUGUGUGCGAGUCAUUUGACGUAGAAACAUACAAUAAUUACGAGGACUCCCUCAAUAUCAAAGUACAUUAUCUGGAUCAUAUUGUGGUGACACCAGACGAGACAGAUCUGGACCAGGGGCAUGAUAUCACCUUAACCUGCAACGCAUUGUCUUCUUUACCCACACACACAACAUGGUAUAAGGAUGGCAAACUGCUGGUGGAGAGGCAUGUUUUGGAGUUACACAACACCUCCUAUGAAACCGCCGGGAAGUAUAUGUGUGAAGUGAUGGCCCUUUCCCUGCCUGAGUUAAAAAAACAGAAGUCAGUGCAAGUAAAUGUGCGAGGAAAACCUGAGAUCAAAGAAGGAAUAAAAGUGAGCCAGAUGAAUAAGGCCAACCACCCUGUGAACCUGACCUGCUAUGCACAAGGCUACCCAAUCCCCAACAUCACCUGGACCCUCUAUGACCAACAGACUGGCCAGACCAUCCCUGUGCCGAAAAUAGUGAACCAAAAGAUGGACAAUAGUGUUCACAGCUUAAUAUCUGUGAAAGCCACCUCUGAACUCAUUGCCAACUGCAGCGCCACCAAUGAGCUGGGCACAGAUGAUGCUUCUCAAAGCAUUACAGCAUUUGUACGUGUGACAACGACUAAAGCUACAUACACAACCACUGAAGCAACAGAAAUUACCGUGCCACCAAAAUCUCCACAGAAAGGUGGCAGUGGAGUGAUCAUUGCAGUCCUCAUCAUCUGUCUGCUCCUCAUAGCCAUACUGGGCAGCGUGCUCUACUUCCUCUACAAGAAGGGAAAGCUGCCCUGUGGAAGAUCGGGAAAGAAGGACUUCAUGAAGCAAAAGGAGAGUAAGGAUGAUAUUGUGAUGGAGAUGAAGAGCGGUAAAUCUGAAGAGGCUGUUCUUCUACAGGGAGUCAACGGAGACAAAAAGUCACCAACUGAAUAGGUCAUAACUUCUGAACACAUUCACAUUAUUAGCUCUUCUGCAGUCCUCUGAACUCAAAUCCAAUCCAAAGACCCAUGAUUUAUUCGGCAGACACUCACUGUGCCAUGAAAACCUCGUAUUUUCUUUCAAACAAUGUCAAAGACUAAAAGCGACAUGGACAUGUUGUCCUAGAGUGCUCCGUCUCAGGGUGAAUCCCAAUAUGAGUGCAGAAAGACCUCAAUUUCCCCUUUUCUUGGAUUCCCACUCAGUUCUACUCUUGUCUUCCCAUGUUUUCUAUUAGACUUGCUAUAAUCUGACUCCAUACAGUUCUGAAAGGUAUAGUUCACCCAAAAUUGGAUAUUUACUCACCAUUUACUCACCCUCAAGGUUUAUUUCUUCUGUUGAACAGAAGAAUGUUGGAAACCAGUAGACAUUCAUAGUAGGAAAAGCAAAUACCAUGGAAGUUGAUGGCUAGUGAUUUCCAACAUAGUGUUUUGAAAGUAUAGUUCUGAACUGAAACGAUAAACUCAAGCACGUGGAGUGUAAAUGAUGACAGAAUUUUUAUUUUUGGGUGAAAAAUCAAUGAAAGAAUGACUCCGCUCAAGUAUUCAAAUGUGUACAUAUAUAUUAUAUGAAAUAUUGUAUAUAUAUUUAGCUAUUUAAAAUGCCUGAGACAACAUUUGAAAGGUCGUGCUUGAAUAUCUUUAUGAUAACGCAAGUGCCUUUGUUGAGGGGCAUUCAACAAGUGCCGAAGAGUCAUAAUUUGCUACAUGCUGUCAUUGUGUCUGUUCUGAACCUGCUUUCACAUCAUAGUCCAUGCACUGUAUCACCAACACUGUCUUUACCACUGUAAACGUUCAUCUGGAUCAGCGCUGAAACUGCCCAGUGAUAAAGCUUGAGGGCAAAUCAAUUAAAAUAAAUCAAAUCAAUCUGUACAAACAAAUUAGCCAGGGAAAUUCUCUGACACGACUGACCUUUUUCCCCAAAUAUGUAAGCAAAAUGUUGGGUUCAUGUCAUGCCUCUGAGUUUUAUUUUGAUGAUCUAUUUAAAAUGAAAUUUCUCAUGUUCACUGUGACAGCAGAGGGAGUAACUUUAAUGCCAAAGUCUAAGUUCAAAAUGUCCCGGCCUGAGAGAAACGCAAGCAUCCUGUAGAGCUCAGCUUUGUUUUGUUUUACUUUCGUGAUCUGCUGUCCUCAACUUGCACUGAAUGUAAAUAAUAAACAAUUACACGACCAACCUUCUCAUUUUUUCAUUUUAGAGGAAAUAUUCAAAUGCACGUUGAAUUAUUCAACAAAUUUAGAAUAAAACUAAUUAUUUUUUUAUACUUUUUUUUUGUGGCCAAAACUCUGUUUAUAUUAUAUUCUAUAUUUUUUUCCCAGUUCACAUUUGGAAGAUGUUAAAGUUGUAUUGAGGAAGGUGUCUUAAUCUUGGCAGUAUGUACCAUGUACUGUAACUAAAGCAGAGCCACAAGCUCUAAACAACAACUCUUCACACUGAACCUCUUGUUACAUUUCCUUUGCAUUUUUGUUUGAUGUCUGUGGCAUUUUUAUUAAUGCUUGUUUUUGAAUUGUCUUUGAAUUUCUAUUAAAAUUGUGGGUUUACUCAAGCCUUAA